AUGGAUAAUGUCCUGACACCCUAUGGAGCCUACCAAGCCACACAGCCGCAACCAGAAAAACUUACAGCAGCCAAAGAAGCUGAAACUGGAAAACAAGCCCAAUUUGAAACUUUAACGCCCUAUGGCGCCCUGCAAGCCAUCACACAUGGCAACCUUUUGCUGAUAAGCACACCAUACUACGCCGCCUACAGUCUGCCACUCGCCUAUGUGGCGCCAUCUGUGGACAUAUCCACUGCAACGCCCAGUACAACAACCACUAGCACAGCGAAGACUGCAACCGCAGAUGAUGUUGAAGUUGUCAAAGAAGAAGAAGAGGAAGACACCAUUGAAACAUUGCAAAAGCUGCGAGCGAAUACACAAACCGACGGCGAUCUAAAAAGCGAUACACGCCUGCGCGCAGCCGUUAGCCGAAUCAAUUCGGACUAUGUGAUAGAAGAGAUUGUGGCCGUGCCGGGCAAGCAUGUGCUGUCGUCCAGCAGCCAGGUCACAGGUGGCGCUCGCUCCGCCAAGCAACAGUUGAAGAAGGCAACAGCCGUCAAGCUGCGCAAGGGCAGUGGCAAACUGCGUUCGCCACCAGUCAAAGUGGAAGCCACGGGACGCACCAGCAGCAGCUCAAGCAAUUUUCCACAGAUACCCUUCGGCAGCUAUUUCCUGCCCUAUAGUCCCAUUCGGGCGCAGGCCAUACAGGGACGCAAGCAGGCGGCGCUUAUACUAGAGCCGCACUCCAAGGCAGUCGUUGGCAAUGGCGGCACAGCCAUAUCCACGCCCAUCUCCAGGGCGCUGCUCAAGAAGGGUGUGCCCACAAAUGUGUACUUCAAUCCGGAAUCGGUGGCCAUUGCGGGCGUGGGCGGCAAAGCGCACGCAGCGGCCGACCUGGAGCUCGACUUGUUCAACUAA